AUGCAUGUCGUUCUUGGUGGAUCAAACCCCUCGGCAAGAGCUGUGAUCGGGAUGGUAGUCAACAUGGCUCUCAGUGAUCAAGAACCGUUUGCCAAGCCGAACGGUGCUGUCCUCCCAGUGAGCAAUGGUGUUCCAGUCAACAAUGCCAGCAGUGGAGUUAUUAACAACAAUAACAUACCCUUCCUCACUGGACUCGGUGGAACCACAUCUAAUGUGAUGCAAAACAAUGGUAACAACAUUAUUGGAGGCUGUUUUGGGUUCCCGGUCCUGAAUAGUGCCCAGCUCCCUGCUGGGGCCACUCUCCAGAAGCUCAUGUUUGGGACAAUGACAGUAUUCGAAGAUGAAUUAACCGAAGGCCAUGAACUCGGGUCUGGAUUGAUUGGAAAGAGCCAAGGAUUUUAUAUUGCAAGCUCAGAAGAUGGGUCAAGUCAUACCAUGGUUUUCAAUGCCGUGUUUACCAGCAGCGGUUAUGCCUGA